AUGAGAACAGCAAGUUCCGAAGGUUAUACUAGUGUUCAAAAUAAAUCCAAAGAGUGUGAUAAGGAAAACUUUUCGAAACUACCUUUGGAUAAUGCGAUAGAUGGAAGUUCUAGUAUGAAUCCUAAAAUUUUACCGCAAGUGGAAACUGAACAACGGAUUCUAAAAAAUGUUAACAAUACGUCGAAAAUCAGUUGUGGGUAUAACGUUGUUUCAACUAUCGAAGAACAAUCAUUACAAAACAUAAGAGAUAGGUCCAAUAGUACAUCAUCAUCCAGUUCUUCUACGUCAUCAUCUUCAAGUUCCAGCAUAUUGUCGUCAUCAUCAAAGUCUUCUUCAUCAGCAGAAAAAAACGGAGGCGAAAUGAACAUUAACAGCUCACCUUCAACCAUACCAGGCACUUCAACAGAUUGCUCAAAUAUAAUUUAUGCCAGGCCUUUAAUUCGCAAAAGACGUUCAAAUAAAGACAUUAACUACCUAUUUCUUUUAUUGUUUCAGAUAUUCGACAAUCAUUUCCACUUCCAUCACAAUUUGUUGGCGAAGCGUUCGUUGACGGCUGCGCAUGCGCACCACAGCCGGCUAGAAGCGGACGAGCGGGUACAAUGGGCGAAACAACAGAAGGUCCUAUCACGGAAGAAAAGGGAUUUUCAGCCCUUACCAGAUAGCACAAGUACAGCUGAAACAAAAGCAUCGGGGGCGCCGUCCCUGAAGAGAGAAGUCGGUACGAAACGUGAAAUGCACUCGAGAGUGAAAGGGAGACCGCGCUCUGCCGAUUCUAAAUUCCAAUUAAACGAUCCCAAGUGGCCUCACAUGUGGUACCUGAAUCGAGGUGGUGGUUUAGACAUGAACGUGAUACCAGCGUGGCGGGAAGGUGUGACAGGACGAGGCGUGGUGGUCACCAUUCUUGAUGACGGAUUGGAAACUGACCACCCGGACUUAGUUGCUAACUAUGAUCCGAUGGCGUCAUACGACGUUAACUCCCAAGAUUCGGACCCGCAGCCCAGAUAUGACAUGAUCGACUCCAAUCGCCAUGGUACUCGCUGUGCGGGUGAGGUAGCAGCCACUGCUAAUAAUUCGCUGUGUGCUGUUGGAGUCGCAUUUGAGGCUAGCGUAGGAGGUGUGCGUAUGCUGGAUGGUGACGUUACCGAUGCAGUCGAAGCGCGGUCUUUGAGCCUCAACCCUCAACACGUUGACAUCUACAGUGCAUCAUGGGGUCCAGACGAUGACGGGAAGACUGUGGAUGGCCCUGGCGAGCUGGCUACUCGAGCAUUUAUUGAAGGCGUCACUAAGGGUCGUAACGGAAAAGGAUCAAUUUUCGUAUGGGCAUCAGGAAAUGGAGGCCGUGAACACGACAAUUGUAACUGUGACGGCUACACCAACUCUAUCUGGACUCUUUCUAUUUCUUCCGCGACGGAAAGGGGAGAGGUGCCUUGGUACUCCGAAAUGUGCAGUUCAACCCUCGCUGCUACUUACAGCUCGGGGGCUGUUAAUGAGAAACAGGUUGUAACCACUGAUCUCCAUCACUCGUGUACAACGGGUCACACGGGGACGUCUGCAUCUGCACCUCUAGCGGCCGGUAUAUGUGCACUCGCGUUACAAGCGAACAGAGACCUUACUUGGAGAGAUAUGCAGCAUAUCGUUGUUCGAACUGCAAGACCAGAACGUUUAAGUAUUGGAGGAGAAUGGAGGGUCAAUGGUGUGGGAAGAAACGUGUCUCAUUCAUUUGGUUACGGAUUAUUGGAUGCUGCUGGAAUGGUUCGUCUUGCAAGGACGUGGAAGUCAGUCCCAGCCCAACGACGAUGUGAACUAGCAGCUCCGAGACCACAAAGGGCAGUUCCUCCUAGAUCUUCGAUUACUUUGCAGCUGGACGUAGGUGCAUGUCCCGGUGUGAACUAUUUGGAGCACGUGCAGGCACGCGUGUCGCUGUCAGCGGCGAGACGCGGUGACCUGCGCAUCGCGCUCACCUCGCCCGCCGGCACCCGAGUCACGUUACUGGCGCCCAGACCGCAUGACUCUUCGAGAGCGGGGUUCAACUCCUGGCCGUUCAUGUCGGUGCACAUGUGGGGGGAGUCACCCCUCGGUGUCUGGCAGCUUGAGGUUUCGAACGAAGGACGAUAUUUGGGUCGAGCUACAUUACAAGACUGGUCAUUAACCUUAUACGGAACAAGCACGCCGGCCGCAAAAAACGAUCCUAUACCAUUUAGAAGUCCAAUAAUAAGAAAUAGAAGCAACGCUACUCGUCCCGUGGUAGUGCAGGCUGGACGAAAAAACAACAGAGGAAAAGCCGUCCAUAUCGUACCUACGCAGUACACGGUGGGCUUAGUAAAAAGAAAAAAGAAUAAAAAUUCAAAGAACCCGAACAGAAAUUCGCAGAAAAAACAGAGUCGGCCAGCGACGCGUUCGCCCAUAGAAAGCACGACCGCACGGAUUACGACAUCCACCACGCCAGAUUUGAGCCUUAAUUUGCGAGGAGAUCUAGCUGAUCCUCUAUCUGACGUCCGAGGCCGUAAGAUGACCAAUCUGUUCGACAAGUACCCGAAAAUUCAACGCAUUUAUCCGGCUCCGCUGCAAGCCAACGCGGGGCCGCUGACGCAGUGGGAGUUGAUAUUCUACGGCACGGAGACACCGGCUCAGGAGUACGACGCGUCGCCGGAGAGCAACUCAGCGGGGACGAGUGUGACGUCAUGGAAUGCCAACGUGCCUGAAAUACCCGAAGAGAGGCAGAACACGAUCGACGAUGAUCUCGCACUGGUCUGGCACGAUUCGCAUGCGAUUCGAGAAGAAGGUCCAGCAGUGGAGCCCGGGUACUCGACGAGCGGGUGCGCGACGCACGCAGCGCAACCGCCGCACCGUUGUUUAGAAUGCGCGAAGGGUAUGCACUUAUACGACGGUCGAUGCUAUCGACGUUGUCCGGUCGGGACUUAUGCCAGCGAAAUUUUAACGGAACGCAGCUCAAGAAGACGUAACCUCACUUACUUGGAGUCCGGUGACUCAUCGGCCGUGAUAAAACGACAGGGUGUUCUCAAACCUACUGCCACUGAGGCUCUCGAUAUGGAACCAACAUCGAAUUACUCCAAAUCUCCUUUAAUUUGUCUCCCAUGCCAUUACACGUGUGCAACUUGUACAGGACCCCACAACAGCCAGUGCUCUUCUUGCUUAGAUGAUGCACAGCUUUUCAACAUGACAGACGUUGAGCCGAAACUUUACUGCUAUCCUAAUACAGUUUUACCGCAAAUAGAUAAAGCUAAUUGGCACUCCAAAGUCAAUCUGAUACUCACUAUAUUAUUAAUUUUAGUUAGUUGCAUCUGUUUCUAUAUCUUGGUAGUUUGUUCACUCAAACGAAUGGGCUACUGUUGGGGUAAUAAUUACGACUCUAAUAUAAAGAUAGCAUAUAACAAGUUGGCCGUGGAUGAUAAACAACAGAGUGCUAUAGAGAUCGAGGAAGAGAUUACUAAGGCUCUAAAUAAGUAUUCAAGCGAAAGCGAGUCUGAGGAUGAUAUAAAUUUAUAG